UUCACAACACAAUCUGAACACAACCCAAACUGGAAGGCACUCGUACCAGCAAAGACUCAGGACCAGCCGAUACCUCUACUGCGCCAACCCGAGAAAACGACACUCAACUGAAGGAGAAGGAAAAAGGAAGCGGUUGAAAAUGACCAGCAACAACAAGGUGCCCGAGCAAAGACCGUCUGCGAGUGCUGCUGCUACUGCCAGCCAGCAAGAUGACGAGCCAGAUGAAUGGGACAAGCGGAUCUUUAGCACUGGGUGCUCCGACGAGAAUGCCAAGUUGACCGAUUGUUACUAUGAGAAGAAGGAUUGGAGGCUGUGCAAAAACGAGAUGGAGAGAUUCAGGCAGUGCUGGAAGCUCCAGGGCAACGAUAGGCGUACGGACACCAAGGAUGUAUGAUUAGGUUAUCCUUUAAGUGCCCAGGCAAAGACCGAGAUUAGAACUCUCCCCUCAAAAAAAUACAGUUUUCAAGUUG